AUGGCGAUGUGUUAUCAAAAACAUCCCUUCGAAAUAGAAACAGAAGACCGACUCACUACUAUAAACACAAAAAUAUUUGAGAUUAAAAAGAAAAUACAACUGUCAGAGGGACAAAGAAAGUCAAAUUACGAGGAAAAUGAAGCAGAAAAACAACAGAACAAUGAUCUCAUAGAUACUUUGAAGAAAGAAAUCAAGUUGAGACUCACAGAGCUAGCACAGGCCAGGGCUGUGAUUGGUGAAGAUGAGGUGCAGAUCAAGAAGUACUUGAAUGAAGUCUGCCCUAUGGGAGACAAGAGCGCUGAUAAGAUAAUACACAAUCUAGACCUAAAAGUGACAGAACAGAGAAAAAUGCUAGACUUACUCAAAUACGAGAAGAGAAAUAAGAAGAAGAAACUAGCAGAAAUGGAGAAGGAGUAUGAACAUCUUCUGAUUGAGAAUAAUAAGGGACAACUUGUCAAGUCUAAAAACAACAGUAAAGCCAGAAAGCACGUUUCGCACUUAGAAAACGAGAUUCACAAAGUUCUAAUCCAGUGGACGGAAGCUGAACUAGUCAAAAAGAAAUAUAUUUCUAUCAGACAAGCCCUUUUGGAUGAUUCAGUCAAAUUCGAAAGUUCGCUUACACACAUUGAAGAUUUGUUGAAGAAACAGAAAGAAGAAAUUAUGAAAUUAGAGCGUAUUCGCGAGGAAGCAGGAGAGAUGCGUAUACGAGCAACCGCAGCUACAGCGGCUGAAGCUGCGCGGGCGCAUGACGCGGAACAUUCACGAGCUGCAGAACGUGCGUACUUCGCGCAGCGGUUCGCUGAGAGAAAACGAGAGUUAGAGAAGCUGGAGAAGCGAGUGUUUCCUCCACAAGCCCGAGUAGUGGUGCGUCAAGAGUCAACAAGAUCCACGGAGGGUGAGACGGUUCCUGAAGAAAUAUCAGCGUCGCAGCAGAUGGAGAACAUCUUCCAGAGGCUGAUGAAACUGACUGGAGUGACGGAUGCUGAAGAGGUAUUUGAUAGGUUCCGCGCCCAACGGGACACCUCACAGCGCCUCAGCUACCUGCAACAAACUACGGAGGAAGAGAAACUGGAGCUGGAACAGACCCAAGCCACCAUGAUGGCGGAGCUCGAAGCAUUCAAAUUUGCCUCUGUCAAGGAUAAAGACGAAGCUCAGGACCAAAUAACAGCUUUAAAAGAAGAGAUCGCCGAAGAGAAUGCUAUUUACGAGGAGCUGGAGAAGCAAAUGGACGAACUGGAGACUCUGCUGCUGGAGAUCAAGAGGCUGCUGUAUGAGCUGUGCAAGCUGCUAGAUAUAAUACCAGAACCCAGUAUGCCAGAAUGGACAGCUGAGCCAAGAGACGUCCAAGAACUGGUAACAGUGCUGACCACGCGUUACGAGAAGGCGAGGAUUAAGGCUGAAGAAAUCAAGGAGAAGCAAAAGGAUACUACUAUCAUCAUGGUGCCAUCUACUCCUGCCAGCGCAGCGGCAUCGGUAGCCGGGAUGAGUGGAAGUCAAAGCACGCCAAAAGAGUCUGAAAAGCAAGUUCCUACAUACAAGGAACUAUUGCAAAAGGAACCAGUAAAAGCUCAGAAGGUUGGUUACGGAGGGGUACUACCUCGAGCCCACAAGCUGGAAUCGACCCAGCCGUUUCUAAGUGCCCCAAACGUAGACGUCACGGUAGCUCAACUGGGCCAUGGACGACAAGGACUCAAGCUCCUUAUACAUGAUCUUAGUUCAAAUAAAAACUUGACAAGACAACGAGCUAUCCACACAUUACUUGAUCAGGUAGUUUGUCCAGAAAAAGCCUAUUAUCUCAUGGAAAAGGACGUGGUUUACAAAUUAACAGGCUUGAUGACGGAUAAGGAACCGAUCAUACGAGAAAAAGUUGCUAUUAUCUUCAGCCUACUAGGAAACCAUAAGAUAGAACGUACCAGUGGUGAGAGCCACUUUAGGAUUACUGCAGUAUACGACAAUCACAACGAGGUCAAAAUGGAGAGCAAAAGAAUUUGCUCAAAGACUCAUCAGACAUCUAACAAGGCUUACAUAUUGCCAGACCCAGCCGUUGAUACAACUUCGAGCCAUGCAGCCCAACGUUUGGCGAAAAAGAGUACCGAUUCCGUGCUUUGCACUACCAUAGCCAUUCCAUUUUCACCCUCGGAUGUCCAAAGAGCCAUCACAAGCUUUCUAUCAUACGUCGUUGUCUGUUUAGAAAUUCCUGCUGCCCAAAGAAUGAAGUCGAUGCAGCCUUCACUAUACGGUCCCUGUACCGACAUCACGAGAGCGGCCUUAGGAUUCGAACGCGUGGGAUUGCGUCACAUCAAUAGAGACAUCAAUUCUAGUGACACCUUCGUUAAGCUUCGUGCUAUACAUUCUUUGCUUGAUCAGGUACGAAUAUCAGAGAACGCUAUGUUCCUUGUAAGCCUGAACGUGACAAACAAGCUUAUAGUUCUACUGACUGACCAGGACCCCGUCGUUCGGGAGAAAGUCUGUCUCAUCCUCACGAUACUCGGCAAUUACUACCAAGCCAGGAAACGGGUAAUGGCAGAGCCAGACGCUAUAGAUAAUCUUAUGUUCUUAAUCAUGAGGGAUCGCAUAGAAAUCCGCUACGCUGCAGCACGUUGCCUCACGACCCUCACCCGCUUUGAAGCAGAAACUAUAAUAAAAAGCGAAAACAUAGUCGAGAACCUCGUCAAAAUGGUUAAACACGAACAUGAAGGUAUUGUUCUACUGCAUUUGGAAUCGCUGACGAACUUGGCCGAGUGGAAUCCAGAGCUGCCGUUGAAAGCGAACGCGUUCAAAGUGAUGCUGAAGUUGAUACUGUACCGUGAUAACAGGAUCAUAGAGGCAGCGAUGAACUGUCUGAUGCAUCUCUGCAAACAUGAGGUGGGGCAAAAACUAGCGGACAAGUACGACCUGACUCGGUUCCUGUUACCGUACUUAGAGUCGGAUAACCUUGAUAUCAUCAUCAGCUCCUUGGGGCUGAUGGCAUACACUACAGUAAGGACGAGUGCUAAAUGGAGGGUUAAAGAGUUCAUUUACACUCUUAGCCGGCGCAUAGUCUUCUUAUGCAUUACACAGGACAUCCCAGUACUACAAUUGCGAGCAAUGCAGGUUCUGAUCAACAUGUGUGACUGCUCUGAUAUUAGAGAAUUUAUCAAGGGCAAUUUGGAAACGUACAUUAUAGAUAGUAUAAAGGUCCGUACUCCCGAACGGUGGGACGGUACCACGGAGCCAAGAAAGUACGGCAUUGAAUUCAGUCAUGACUACAGAACGAGGUAUAUUGAGGGCGCGGAAACUAUUAAGAAUGAUACGGGAGAUUACGUCGACUCUGUAUCUGUGUCCAACUACCUACAACGCGUCAGAGAUACUAAGGAACAUUUGUUAAAGGUUAUGAAUAGUAAACCUUAUCUUGAGAAUGAGGCGAAGAAAUGA